GCCUCGCUGCCGGAGUCGGCAGCCUUAAAGGGCAAACGCGUCAGGACAUCCAGAGAUAGCGAACUGCAAUUGCAGAACGAUGUCACUGCGGUGCGAAACUUGUCUAUUGGCCUACCUGAUCUUCAUACUGGCGAACCAUGCUGUUCAGUCAUACACGUGCUCUGCAAGUGGACGAUUUGCCGCUUCCAACUGUACGCAAUAUUAUUUGUGCGUCGAAACAUCGACUGGAUACUCUGCAUAUCUUUAUUCAUGCCCCGGAAGUUCUAAAUUCAACUCUGAAACUGGAGAGUGUACCUAUGCCUCAGUGGAUUGCGCCACUUCAACCACUACUACAACAACUGAGUCAACUUCUACGACAGAAGGUUAUACGUGUACCAGCUCUGGAAGACACGCUGUCCCGUCAAACUGUUCUUUGUACUAUCUGUGUGUUGAGACUACAAGUGGAUACUCUGCCUUUCUCUACACAUGUCCUGCUAACACGAAAUUCAACUCUGCUACCGGCCAGUGCACAGCCAAGAAUAUUACAUGUUCCGCAAGUACGACCACAACCUCUACAACAAUGGCCACUUCAACUGUCACUCAAUCAUUCCAGUGUAGUGCUUCAGGACGAUAUGCUGUGGACUCCAACUGUUCUCAAUACUAUCUCUGCGUAAAGAUGACGAGUGGAUAUUCAGCAUACUUGUAUACGUGUCCUUCAAACUCAUACUUUAGUACUGUUCUCGGAAUGUGUUCUUUUUCAAACAGUUCAUGUUACACAACAUCUACAUCUAGCUUGUCAACUAGUACCACAACUACCCCAACAUCCACAACUACCCCAACAUUUACAACUAUCCCAACAUUUACUACUACCCCAACAUCCACAACAAUCCCAACAACCUCUACUACCCCAACAACUACUACUACCCCAUCGACUAAAACUACCUCAUCAACUACAACUACCCUAACAACCACAACUACCCCAACUACCUCUACUACCUCAAUAACCACCACUAGCCCAACAACCACCAGUACCCCAUCAACCACAACCACUUCUACCCCAUCAACCACAACCACUACUACCCCAACAACCACAACCACUACUACCACAACCACUACUACCCCAACAUCCACCACUACCCCAACAUCCACUACUACCCCAACAUCCACUACUACCCCAACAUCCACUAGUACCCCAUCAACCACGACAACCCUAUCAACCACGACCACCCCAACAACCUCUACUACCGCAACAACCACUACUACCACAACAACCACUACUAUCCCAACAACCUUAUCUACUCUAUCAACCAAAAUUAUCCCAUCAACCACUACUCCAACGACCAUCACUACCCCAACAACUACUACUACCACAUCAAGCACUAUUUCUUCCUCAACUACUAUCACUCCAUCAACAAAUGUUUCAUCAACCACCACUCCAUCAACCACCUCUCUAUCAACCACCAAACCAUCAACCACAACUCCAUCAACCACCACCCAAUCAACCACCACCCCAUCAACCACGAUUUCAUCAACCACCAUUCCAUCAACUACUGUAACACUGUCAACCACCACUACCACUUCUAUUUCCACCACCACUGCAAAUUCUUGUAACGAAUUUGGAUUCAUUUGUGUAAAUAACUCUACUUUUGCUGAUUGUGUAGAUGGUGUCGCAUCUCAUGACGACGAAAGUUGUCCUGAUGGUUUAUACUGUAGUAUAAGCUGCGGCUACCAGUGUUGGACAUCUUUGUACUGCUAAUUAUAUUUUAAAAAAAAUAACUAAAAAUCUGUUAUUUCUAUAGGCUCCAAUUAUUAUACUAUAAAACAUGUCAAAUAUACUUGUUUAGUCUUCACUAGCUUUCAAAUUACAUUAUAUAAUAAUUGGUUGUUUUAUUUAUCCGAAAGAGAACAAUAUUGAAAACAUUAAGUGUGCCCAAGAAAUGUGAUUAGCAGAAUAAAAAAAAAAUUAUGUGAACAUUUUAAUGUACAAUCUCUAUAAAGUUGCUAUUGUUCUUUGUAGUCUGAAACGAUAAUGAAUUGCAUAUUUAGCAAUGUUAAAAAUAUUUUGUUUUGUUUACUUAUUUGUUAAAAUACGUAGUGUAAUAAAGCAUGAUAAAACCAGAAAUAAAAAUGAGAAUUUUA